AGAUUCGGCGGAAUAGGAUGACCAACGGCGGCUCUUGGUUGUCAAUUCUCGAUCCUUUCCGACGUUGCUACGAGACAGACGCGCGCGCUGCCAUGGAAACCUAACUAGCUCAGACCUUUCGAGAGGCAGCCGAGAAACGAAGCCUUGGCGUGGCGGUGCCUCCACCAGUUGUCCUUUCCGUAGCUUCUUGCCGCUGAACAGCAACUAGCCGUUAGAGCAGAAGAGCCACUUGAGCCGGAGGAAGGGGACGAAGUUCCCGUUUCAAGCGUGGGGUGGGGUAUUAGCUGGGGAUACUGCUUCAUUUGCGGAUUCUAGUUUGGGACCUUGAAUAACCAUGCCUGUUCCAGAUGUUAUGUUCUGUGCACAGCAGAUUCAUGUUCCACCUGAACUGCCAGAUAUUAUGAAACAAUUUACCAAAGCAGCUAUCAGGACCCAACCCCGUGAUGUUCUCCAAUGGUCUUAUGGGUACUUCUAUGCUUUGUCAAGAGGGGAGCCUCUUCCUGUGAAAGACCGUGUUGAAAUGCCAGUUGCUACACAGAAAAAUGAUACUGGUUUGACCCCUGGCCUCCUUAAAGUUUUGCAUAAACAGUUGUCUCAAAAGAAGACUGUGGAUUUAAUAGAUCUCCAUAAAAAGUGGAAGACUUUGUGCUUACCAGUAGAACAAUUACGCAAUCUUCUUCAAUUAGAUACCUUUGAAGAUGGAGUAGAAUGGAUGAAAUUUUUUGCCCUUGGCUGUAGUGCUCUUGGUGGGACCCUGCUCAGUUCGAUGAAGCAUGCAUGUGAAAUUCUGACGCAUGAUCCAGAGGGUGGACCAGCCCGUAUUCCAUAUGUCACUUUUCAAUUUCUCUAUUCCUACUUGGCUAGCUUAGAUGACGAAAUAACAGAGGAAGCAUCUGAGUCUUUUCUCAAAUCUCUUAAAGAACAAGUGGCACGUAAGGACUAUAUGGUUGGCACUGCAGAUUUCUCCACUGUAAAAUUGAUGCCUUAAAACAGGAAUAUUUGAGAGUAACAAAUUUUUAGUACAUAACAUGUCAUGUCAAAUAGUGUAAUAAAAUUAGAGUUUUCAUUAAUGUAAUCUCUAAUGUGCUUUUCAGUUUGUGAACUACCAAUAAAAUGUGUACCACCUAA